AUGAAAAGCAAGGAUUCAGAUUCUGGUUCUUCAUAGUUUGAGUAGAUUGAUUCAGUGAAUAUGAAUGAUAUUCCAGACCCAUUUAGAGAUAGCAUUGCCUAUCGUGCUUCAAUGGCAGCAAGAAUUGGAGAUGUAAACGAUAUCAAGACUUUAAAGCAAAAAAUUAAAAUACUAAAAGCAGCUGUUCUCAAGGAAAGAGAAACCAAAAUGUAAAUGGAAAAGAAAAUAGAAUAAUUGAGCGCAAGCUAUGUGGAUGCCUAAAAGCUGAUAGAAAAAAAAGAGGAGACCAUAAUUUAUUAGGAAUAGCAACUCUAACAAUUCCGUGAAAAGUUAGUACUACUAGGUCAUGAAUCUAAUAAAUAUUUAGAUCUCUACCACAAGACAAAGAAUUAGAUAAUUCAACAAAAUGAUAGUACAGCAAUUAAGCAAGUUGAAGAUGGUGAUUCGAUCAUUUCUAGCUUUAAGCAAAUUAUUGGAUUUUCUAGUGGCUCUAGUAGCUAGGGAAGCUAAAAUGCUAUUGCUGAGAUCUAAAGACUUCAAAAAGAAAAUUUUAUGUUAAAAGAGGAAAUUGAAAAGCAAAAAGUUGCUCUAAAUAAUGCCGAAUCAAAGGGGAAGUAAGAUGCCAUGGACAUUAGUAAGAAGCAAAUGCAAGAAGUUAAUAAAAAAAUAGAAUAACUCAACAGUUAAAUAUAAGAAUUGAAAGACAAAGUUGUAGAUACAACCACAUAGCUCUAAAAUAAGACCUAAGAACUUUAAGAAAAGGACCAGCUCUUAACUUAGCUGAAACAGGAAACAAAUUCUAAAAAUUAAAUUAUAGAAAAAAUGAAAAAUGAACUUGAGUUCACAAAUGAUAAGUGCAAAAAGAUGGAUUCAAAAAUAACAAAUUAUCUGAGUGAAAUAGAAUAAAAGACAAAUAAGAUCACACAAAUAGAAGCUUAAUAUGAACUAAUUAAAGUGGAUAAGGAAAGCUUAUAGCAAUAAGUUGACUAGAUGGAUUCUAAAGUUAUGCUAUUCACUAUGAGAAGAAUUUAAGGUUUAUAUGAAGAUCCCUGCUAAAUUAUUUGCAGAAAGGAUUUAGAAGGAUAACAUAUCUUAGAUUUUGAUACAGUCAAGGAAAAAUUCUCAUUAAAUGCUCUUGAUAUAAGAGAUAUAUUAUGUGAGUUUGAGCCUGAACCAAUCCUCACUUUGCAAUUAGGAAAAAACCAAACUAUAAUAUUCAAAGGUGGAUCUGAUUUAAGAAUAAUUGAAAAGAAGUUAAGAAAUUUCUUAAAUGGAGCUCCUGUCAAAAGAACUUUAACAAGAUAAUAAACAAACAAAUAGUAAUAAGGACAACAACAAUAGGGAUUAUUAGAUAAUAUGUUUUCAUUCUUAAAGUAAUGA